CGAUCAGGAAAUUAUAAGAUCCAUCGUCGUUUGCUUGCCAGUAUCCGUUGUAGCCUGAGAAGCGAAAGGUUCGAAAAAUGCUGCUCAUUGCCGUAAUACUUGUGCUACUAUCGACAAGCCUUACAGAUGCAAAUAACAGAUUUUUUGGACCAUGGUUCCCAGCCACAGAAGGCGAACCUUGGCCGCUGCCCUGGAGAAGAGUUCUGGGCAAUAAUUCCCUAAUUUUGCAACCAAACAGUUUCGCCAUUGAAGCGACAGACGCAGACUGUCCUAUUUUGAAGGAAGCUAUUCAUAGAUACAGAUCAAUCAUUUUUGAAGAAUCUAGAUCCGCUGCCCGAUUUUCACAGGAAAAUGAAAAACCUAAUGGUAUAAUUGAAGCUAGGUUAAAUGGAAUUUUGAUUCAAAAAUUAAAAAGUUGUGAAACACAACCGUAUUUUGGAAUGGACGAGUCAUAUGAAUUAUUAAUCACCGAAAUAUCAGAUGUAGCAAUUUUAAGAGCCAAUACAGUAUGGGGGGCUCUUCGAGGUUUUGAAACUUUCACACAUUUACUCUCACCAUCAGGAGAUGGAGCUACUUUAAAAUUGGUAUCCCAAAGAAUCCACGACAAGCCCCGGUUGCCACAUAGAGGACUUCUUCUCGAUACAUCACGUCAUUUCAUUCCAGUAGACGACAUUCUUCUAACUUUAGACGCUAUGUCUUACAACAAACUCAAUGUUCUACAUUGGCAUAUUGUAGAUGACAAUAGUUUUCCUUAUGAAAGUUUAGUCUUUCCCGAACUUUCCGCAAAGGGAGCUUAUCAUCCGUCCAUGGUCUACAGUACAAAAGAUGUUCAGAGAGUCAUUGAAUAUGCACGCCUAAGAGGCAUUCGUGUUAUUCCAGAAUUCGAUUCUCCUGCACAUACUACUUCCUGGGGCCAAGGGUAUCCGCAUUUGCUUACGCAAUGCUACGAUAGAGACGGUGAAUUAAAUGGCAAAACUGGUCCUUUGGAUCCCACAAAUCCGAAGUUGUAUGAGUUUUUGGAACGGCUGCUUGAGGAAGUUGUUCAAGUUUUUCCAGAUAAAUAUUUGCACCUCGGAGGAGAUGAAGUGCCAUUUGAUUGUUGGGAAAGUAAUCCUAAUAUUCUCAGUUUCAUGAGGGAUCAUAACAUCACUAGAAAUUUCACUGAGCUUGAAAAUAUAUAUAUUAGUAAACUUCUGAACGUCACGAAUAAUCUCAACACGAAAGCCAUAGUGUGGCAGGAGGUGUUCGAUAACGGAGUGAAAAUUCAUCCAGGGACAGUAGUGCACGUUUGGACCGGGGCAUGGCAGCAGGAAGUUAUUAAAGUAACGAAAGCUAGAUUUCCGGUAUUACUUUCUACUUGUUGGUACCUCGAUCACAUUGCAGGUGGUGGGGACUGGGAGAAGUUUUAUAAUUGUGAUCCUCUUUCCUUCGACGGAUCAACUGACCAAAAGAAACUUAUGAUGGGUGGCGAAGCCUGCAUGUGGUCCGAAUUUGUUGACAGAAACAACUUGCAUCAAAGAAUUUGGCCCCGGGCGAGUGCAGUUGCUGAGAGACUGUGGAGUUUUGACGUUCAACCCAAGUAUAAUGUCUCCAGGCGCCUAGAAGAGCACGCCUGUCGUAUGAACAAGCGUGGUGUGUCUGCUCAACCUCCCAAUGGAGCUGGUUUUUGCAUCGUCUAAAAUUUCAAAAAUUCUUUCUCCUACAAAUCAUAUAUAUUUCAAAAUAAAUCCAUAACUCUUCUUAAUACUAUACAAAUGAUAAUUAGUUUUCUAAGAAAUUCCAUUUUUUAUAGUUUAAAAAAACGUA